AUGGAGUCGGCGGAGAACGAGAUAGAGGCUGCAGCCCUAGAGGCCCUGGCCAAGCUGGCAGACGUCCUGGAGUCUAUAGGCCCGCAGGAGGAGGCAGAGCUGCCAGCUCCGAUCCUGGCUGAGUUUGUGAUGGACUCCCGAAAGAAAGACAGGCUGCUCUGCAGCCAGCUUCAAGUAGUAGACUUCCUGCAGAACUUCUUGGCUCAGGAGGAUACUGCCCAGGGCCUGGACCCCUUGGCUUCUGAAGACACGAGCCGACAGAAGGCAAUUGCAACCAAGGAGCAAUGAAAAGAGCUGAAGGCUACCUACCAAGAACACGUGGAGGCCAUCACAAGUGCCCUGACUCAGGCCCUGCCCAAGAUGCAGGAGGCCCAGAGGAAGCGGGCACAGCUCCAGGAUGCUCUUGAACAGCUCCAGGCCAAGAAGCAAGUGGCAAUGGAGAAACUCAGAACAGCCCAGAAACAGUGGCAGCUGCAACAGGAGAAGCGUCUGCAGCAUUUGGCAGAAGUAUCUGCAGAGGUGAGGGAACGUCAGAUAGGAACUAAACAGGAGUUUGAGAGGCUAUAUCAGGAACUUGCAACCCUGAAGCAGCAAACAGGGCAGGAGCGGGAAAAUCUGCAGAGGCAUCAGACCUUCCUCCAGUUGCUUCACACUUUGCAGGGUAAGCUGCUAUUCCCCGAGGCAGAGGCAGAGCUGCCACAAGAGCAGGAUCUUCCUGAGGAUAAGCCCCAGGAGCUGAACACUGGGGACUCCAUAGGGGCCUCCAAUCGCCCACCGUUCCUCCCCGCCAACUCCUGA